AUGCAGGAAGCUAAAAUCGAAGCAGCUUUGCGCAUAUGCAACAUUUUACCAGCGCAUUUAUUUGAGGAAACGAUAAAUAUUUUAUCUAAAAUUGACCAGAAUUUAACAAACAAUAUUUUAAUCAAUAAAGAAGGACCAAUAAAAAUAAAAUUCGACAGCGAAGAGAAAAAAUAUUACCUAGGAAAUAUGUUCAACAAAGAAAAAGAUUCAUAUAGAUCCCCAUAUACUAAUAUGUAUUACCCUGAGCAUUUUCCAAAUAGUUAUAUUCCAUCUGAAUCGCUAAGAACGCUAGAAAUAUUAUAUAAUGAAGUAUUUGACAGGUACAGAAAAUCAUACUAUAUAAGCGGAUUGUCAUCUGUUUAUUUAUGGCCAAAUCCAGUAGAAGACGGCUUUGUGGCUUGUUUUUUAAUAAAAAAAAAAGAAAAUUAUGAUAAUUGUACAAGUAUAAUAUGGGAAGCUACUCAUUUAAUACAGGUAAAUAUAUCUCAUCUAACAAUUCACUAUCAAAUUUCCACUACUCUUAAUUUUACCAUUACUAGAAAAAAUGAAAUCACAUUGUCUGCUUCGAUUAACAAAGCUUUAGAAAACCCGAAGAAAAUAUCCAAUAUUAAUUUAAUAAAGGACAAAUAUUUCCAUAUGGAAAAUAUGGGGAAAAUGAUUGAAAGCAUUGAAAAUUCGUUAAGAAAAAGUAUUGAAUAUAUAUACUUUCCAAAAAUUAAUGACAUAUUAAAUUCUAUAAGAUUUAAUGACUUUUUUGGUUAUCAUACUGAAAGUAACCUGAAUGUUCAGAACUUACAUUCCAUUUCGAGUAAUAUUGCCUUAUCAAAAGAAAGUAUACAGAAAGAAUUAAAAUUAAAAUUGAAAGACAAAAGUUUGAACGACGGAACGGAAUACUCUCUUCAUACCUGA